UCCGGCGGUGACGACCUCCUUACGAGAACAUGCCUCUCGCAAAGGAUCUCCUUCAUCCCUCUCCAGAGGAGGAAAAGAGGAAACACAAGAAAAAGCGCCUGGUGCAGAGCCCCAAUUCCUACUUUAUGGAUAUGAAGUGCCCAGGAUGCUAUAAAAUCACCACGGUCUUUAGCCAUGCACAGACGGUAGUCUUGUGUGUCGGUUGCUCCACUGUCCUCUGUCAGCCUACAGGCGGGAAAGCAAGACUGACAGAAGGAUGCUCCUUCAGGAGGAAGCAGCACUGA